AUCACGGCUCGGUACAGCCCAUCACGGUACGGCCCCGCUCGGGGCGGUGCCCGGAGCCGCGCGGCGGGGCCGGGACGGAGCUGGAGGAGGGAGCGGGACGGGGCAGAGGCCGAGAGAGGUUAUCAGGAGCGUUUAACCAGGCUCACCUCCUGACUUGCUGUUUGCACUGGAGAGGCGCACUGACAUGAAAAGUAAGGAAUUGUAUUAGCAAAUAUUGAUCGGCGCUGGGGCAGGCAGGCGUUGCACAAGUACAGGCAUCUGCUGAGAUUGUGGCAUGUUGUUUGGAGCUUUCAACAAGACAUUUGCGCUACCGUGAGGCUGGGAAGGCUGUCACUACUGCAGGAGGUAAAAUAAGAACAUGGCAUGAUGUCCUUUGGAAAAGGAGCGAUGGCAGCCAUCAGGAAGAAGCUGGUGAUCGUGGGAGACGGUGCCUGCGGAAAGACGUGUCUGCUGAUCGUGUUCAGCAAGGACCAGUUCCCCGAGGUGUACGUGCCCACCGUGUUUGAGAACUACAUUGCUGACAUCGAGGUGGAUGGGAAGCAGGUUGAGCUGGCCCUGUGGGACACGGCAGGACAGGAGGACUAUGACAGGCUGCGGCCCCUCUCAUACCCCGACACAGACGUAAUCCUCAUGUGCUUUUCCAUUGACAGCCCGGACAGCCUCGAGAACAUCCCUGAGAAGUGGACGCCAGAGGUGAAGCACUUCUGCCCCAAUGUGCCCAUCAUCCUGGUGGGGAACAAGAAGGACCUGCGGAACGACGAGCACACGCGGCGGGAGCUGGCCAAGAUGAAGCAGGAGCCGGUGAAGCCGGAGGAGGGGAGGGACAUGGCCAACAGGAUCAAUGCCUUUGGCUACCUUGAGUGCUCGGCCAAGACGAAGGAAGGGGUGCGGGAGGUGUUUGAGAUGGCCACCCGUGCUGGCCUGCAGGUCCGGAAGAACAAGAAGCGCAGAGGCUGCCCGCUGCUGUGAGCGGCCCCAGCUGGCACCGGCACCCGGCUGCCCUGCCCUGCCCUGCCCUGCCCGGGGAGGGGGUGCUGGCAGACAGCCCACGCAGCACCUCGUGCUGCCACUACGUGCCCUGAACCCUUUGCACCGGAGCUGCCACCCACGCCCGCAGGGUGUCCCUGUGACAUUCCGGGGCCAGGAGGGGCCAGUGCCUUCAGUACCUGCUGUUCUCCGUGGGCCGGGCGUUUGUUGCUCCCCGUGUCGCCCUGGUUUGUGCUGAGCUCCCUGGUUUUGCCUUUCCCACGGGCAUUGCUGUGGUGUUGCUCUCCUUCCCCAGCUCGGGGCAGGUGCCACAGAAGCAGGAGGUGCCAGUCACAGCUCCCGUGUGGGCUGUGCCAAGCCCUUGGUGUGCUUUGCCUGCUCUCCUUGGCUGUGCAGGCAGCACACAGCAGUGUUACAGACUUGCCUGGGCAGCUUUAGCCCUGUCUGUGAGCAGUGCUGGGCUCAGCUGCUGCCAGGAGCUCUGCUCCCGGGACGUGUGCCCAGCUCUGCCGGUAUCGCCUUCGAGUCUGCCUCGGUCGUGGACUUGGCAGCAGUAAACAGAGCUGCAUAACUGGGAGAAUAAAUGCAAACCAGUAUUUUAGUAAU